GUUGAGGCGGACCAAACACGACCAUUUCAUAAAGCUUGUUCGUUUUGGCUCACCGCGGGGCAGAUCGACUAAAGGCUCCAUUAGGUUGUCUUGUUUGUGUGGGUCAGUGGAGGGCUAUAGAGUUGUUGAGUCUUGCUAACUAAGACCCAGGUUGGCGUAUUGCCCGAAUAGGCUCUUCACCAACAGAUGCGAGGCCAGGAUUAGGUCGAUCCGAUGCCGCCCAUCCCUCCCAAAUCAAGUCACCCCCCAAACAUCCGCAUGAGUUGACCAAUUUGGAAAUGCUUCGAGUCUAUCCCUUCUUUAGCCCCCCGUACAUUGCUCCGUGCGCUCAAACAGUUGCGCAGUUGCACACAUCGGCCUUCGUCUCAGAUUAGACUGCUCGUCUAACCGCGGCCGGCCUAUGACAGAGCGCUCGCCCCUCGUGCCAACCUGUCACCGCACGGCGACAUGCAGCAGUAUAUUUCCAAACCCUCGCCGCCGUCCAUCCAUCCUGGGGACUCUUGUUUUCCUUUUCUGGCCAGACGACUAAAUUCCGCGGGGAGGAAUACGAAAGCGACUCCGUGAUCAACAAAGAUUUUAGAGAUUGGAAAUUGGCCGAUAUUCAUCACGAUACAUUGUGCAAGAACGGCGACGACGACGACAAAUAUCCGACAUCUAGAUAAGUUCCUUGGACAGGACUUUCAAGAUGGCGUCAAAGAGCGGCUGGACCGAAUCUACGGAUAACCUCGCCACGGUGCAGAGGGUCGAGACUCCCAAUGCCCUGGUAGUGGGAUCGACGCAGUUGUUCGAGGGAGGAGUUAUUCGAUUUGUGCCCAUGCCCACACCGGAUCCCAAGGAUCCCCUGAACUUGCCGAACUGGAGGAAAUGGACGUCCAUUGGCGCGCUCUGCUUCUUCGGCUCACUCGCUCUCGCGGCUGAGUUCAUUGUCGGUGCCCUGGUACCAGUGUUUGUGCUGGAGUACUCUGGCAUCGACCCCCACAUCCUCAGCCAGAUCGAUAUCUCGGCCCUCAACAAGCCCGGCGAAGUCAACCUCGACCCCGUCAAGCUCCUUGCUGGUCUCGGCGGACCGCCGCUGUACCAGGUCGCCUUGCUGGCCUCCGUCCCCUUGCUCGUCAACGGACUCAGUUCCUACCUCCUUGUCCCGCUCUCGGUUGCCGUUGGCCGUCGCCCCGUGCUUCUGCUCUCUGGUUUCCUGGCAUGGACUGGAGGUCUCUGGGCCGGCUUCUCUCAGGGCCUCGGAAGUCAUUUGGCUGCUCGUUGCUUCCAGGGAUUCGGUGCGGGUGCUGUCGAGGCUCUGAUCCCCCUCAUCAUCCAGGACAUGAUGUUCAUCCACCAGCGCAACAAGGCCAUCUCUUCCGUCGGUGCCUCUCAAGGUCUCCUGAUUGUGAGCUUGGGUAUCAUGAGUCCCAUUAUUGUUUCCCGCCUGUCUUGGCGCUUCAUCUACUGGAUCACCUCCGGUGUUGGUGUGCUUGCAUGGAUUGGUCUCAUCCUGCUCGUGCCCGAGACCCGUUGGAUCCGCAGCGACGAUGAGCUUGCUGGUAAGGAGGUUUACCCCCUGCGCCCCGGUGAAACCCGUCCUCGCAUCGACGAAUCGACCUUCCGCCCUCGCUCCAACUGGGAUGAGUUCGGCAUCUUCAACUACGGCUACGAGUGGAAGGAGGCCAAGCAGUCCGUCGUCGACAUGUUCAAGACGACUCUCUUCCCCAACAUCAUCUGGGUCAUCAUCAUCAACUCCAUCCUUGUUUCCAUGCAGGGUGCCGCCGGUCAGGUCGGUUCGUCACUCCUGAUUGCCGCCGGCUGGAAGUUCGAGACGCUUGGUUUCGCCGUCAUCCCCAUCGUCAUCGCCAGUCCCUUUGUCUGGUUCUUUGGCGGUUACGUGGCCGACAAGAUUUCCAACUAUGUCGCGAAGCGCAACGGAGGUCGCCGUGAGCCCGAGGCUCAUCUCCUCAGCUUGGUGUUCCCUCUCCUCGCUUCCAUCGUCGGCCCGAUCUUGUUCGGCUACGCCGGUGAGAACAUUCGAACGCUGCCUUCGAUCGUCGUGCUUGUCUCCAUCUUCUUGAUCGGCUUCGGCUUGUUGACCGCCAACACCAUUUUCGCCGUGUACUUGGUUGAGAGUUAUCCCCGUUUCGCAGGACCCGUCCUGGUCAACGUCUCCUCAUCCCGUCUCAUCAUCGGUUUCAUCAUGUCGUUCAACGUCACCACCUGGAUCGAGCAGCUCGGCUUCCUGAAGAACUUUGGCAUCUACAGCGCAGCGCUCGCGGGUGUCUCGAUGCUGUUGCCCGUCAUGUACAAGUACGGCAAGCCGAUGCGUGCCUGGACCGCCGGCCGCCUCGAGCCCCAGGUCGCUCCGGCCAAGACGCUCGAGGACGACGACCAGUACUGGAACAACGAGCGCCCGCAGUGGCAGGACGAGAAGAUGGGCACCCCCAUCGGUAUUGCUCGGCCGAUGUAAGGGCAUCAUGCCGCCAUUCCUCGAGGGGACUACAAACUUUCCGAAGUGUCGUGUAGUAGCCCCUGCGCGACAGACGCAAGCGUACGACAGAUUGCAGAGAAAGAAGAGAAAAAAAACGACAGAAUGUUCAAUACGGAGAGCCAGAGGAGCAUCUCAGCGUUUGCUGUAGAGGACGAAGCGGAGUAGAGAAGAACUUUUGCGAGCGGCCGCCAUUUGGAUCACAAGUGGGAAGGCGCUCGCACCAUGAGCGAGCGUUUCUGGAGGGAGAAAGCUCGUGUUGCGAAUUUUGUUCAACCAGCGCCAGACCCGGAACCCGAUUUGGGUCUGCAUGUUCAUUUUUCACUCUCGGAGAAGAUGAAAGAGGGGGUGGUGGUGGGCUGGGCGGGAACGUGUUUUCGGAGCCUGCUAGACUGGUAGUGUUUUUGUUGGCGUUUUCGCUCUGCUGUCC